AUGUCGGAUGUGACUUCGAACCCAUCGAGGCCAGGGUCGCCUUCGUUCAGUGUUAUGGGUGCCAACGACCUACCCACUGCAAGGCCAUACCGCUUCGUAUGGGAUCCAUCCUCGAGACGGCCAGGGCCCGAGAGUGUUGCGGGAACGACGGAAGGCGGGAGGGGCGAUUACAUUGUGGGACAUACCCAAUAUCCUCUGGGCGUCCUCAACAAUCCCUCGUCGAUGAAUCUGGAAUUGGGGGCGCUACCUGCAGAAUGGAGUAGCGCAAAGCAUGGAUUUCACGCUAUAUCGACGGUCCUGAACAAUCCCCAUAAAAAGCAAGCGCCUCCAAAGGCGCAUUCAUCGCUACCGUCUGUGCCGCCAGCUGACCUUCCCAGAGUACGCCGCAAGGACUUUGAUUCGUAUCUCAAGGCUAUCACGCCAGAAUGGGAGAAAUACGAGCGCAACUCGCAGUUGGGCAAGGAAGGCCAGGCCCAGAUAGAUGCUGCACGCCUUUCGACGGUGGAAAGUGACGACGAAGACGACGAGAGCGACGCAGCAGGUCCAUCUCGGAAGCCAACCCCCUCGCUGUUCCAAGGCCGCCAAAUCCCGCCACUAGAUUCAGUUCCAGCCGUGUUCUUCCAACAGAACUUCAAUCUGGGAGAUCGAAUAACGUUCGCUGCUGUGACAGAACAACCUUCCGCUAUGGACCCUACGACGCCGACACCAUCGACUAUACGUGCAAGUUUCGCUCAAGACGAUGCCGAUACUGAUCCUCUGUCGCUCAGUCACUCUCUCCCACUACUCGAGAAAUUCAGCCAUUACGCCGAUACAGUCGAACAACACUUAAUCCGUGAAAUAUCCAUCCGUUCGACCUCGUUCUUCGCCGCAUUAACGAAUCUACGGGACCUUCAGACAUCCUCGACGGCGUGCUUGGAACGGAUACAAUCUUUAAGGGAGAAACUGAGGCAGGUCGACGAGGGCACAGCGAAAAAGGGGUUAGAACUGGUUCGGGCCAAGCGGAAGGAGCAGAGAGUGGGACAGGUGGUGGAUGGGGUGAAGAUGAUUUCUGGAGUCGUGGAGAUGGUUUCGGUGGCGAAGGGUUUGGUUGCGGCAGGUCAAUGGGGAGAAGCUUUGGAAGUGGUGGAGGAGAUGGAGGACAUGUGGGAGAAUGUACGAGAAGACGACCCCCGUGCUCAGGCGAAUGGCUCUGCAGUCAAUGGACCCUCGAAACUUGAAACAAUGGUCGAGGAGUCAGAGACCUCUCCGACGACUCCAACUAGCGCGGCGGCGGCGACUGGGCCGCUCGAAGUUAGCCCAACCUCGACAGUUCGGCGUCCCCAUUCCACUCGCCCUGUUCCUCUAUCAUCCCUAACCUCAUUCGCAUCCCUGCCGUCCCACCUUCAGGCGUUGACCAUGGAGAUCGCCGCUUCACUGUCUGCAGAAUUCGUUGCAAUCAUGAAGGACGAUUGGGCAUCAUAUGUGGAGUCUCUUCCAAGUGCACCCAUCCUUACUGAAACCGAGAAGGCGGACGCAGCUACUGCAGGACGCGAUGAACGUCGAGAUCAGUUUCUGAGCGAUAGGCUGAAGCCGUUGUUACUCAACUUGGUUCGAACGAAGGGCCUGAAGGAGGGCCUGCUUAGCUGGAGGGAAGUGGUGCUCAGCGAGAUAAACGGCUUCAUCGUGAAGGACCUUCCCAUGUUUGUCCAGGAUCAGGAGCAAGCGAAUGGUGCAGAUGCCUCCAAGUCGGAUUCAAAGCAAGAACUUGCGAAUCAUCUAAGAAGCAUGUCUCACAUUGAAUUCACGACUUUAAUGACGCGCAUUUAUAUGAACCUUUUGGGAGGGAUUGAGAGGCUGAAGGCCCAAGGCGACGUCAUCAUUGAACUCCUCAAGAACUUAAAACCAGAGCUUCGGGUUAAGUCAGGACUGUCGGCCUCCGGUUCUCGCGGCGAUAAAUCGUUAGAUCAAACCCUUUCGAUAGACUCGCUGGAGGAAGACCUUGCCGAUAUCCUAUCAUCUACCUCUGAACUAGCCAAUACCCAGGCUGCGAGGAUCAUUUCCUUCCGAGCGGAAAUUCAUUCGAAACUGAAUUUACCCGACUUCCUGCUAUUCUUCAAUGGCUCUUGGUCGUUCGUCGUCAGAUGUGAAGUUCUCUCAAGGAGGAUGAUUGUUGGCCUUCGAGGCACCAUCGUUAGUCAGGCUAAAGUAUGGCUGCAGACCUUCCAUCAAGCCAGGAUAACUCAGUCCGCGAAGCUAGUCGAAGAUGAAGUGUGGAAUCCCGUCGAGGUCACCUCUCGCUUGCAACACAUCACCUCGAUCCUCGUCGACGGCGCUGUCUCUGACUCGCCAGAGCUACGAAUCUCACUGGAUCAAGCGGAACCUCCUUCCUCGCCACCGUCCACAACUGAAGCACCUUCAGCUACCCCGGACACCGCCCCUCCCUCCGCCGCUCCAGGUUCUGCCGCACCUAGCCAACGGGUCAGGAACAAGCACUUGCGUAUCGAAGAUCGAUCCUAUUACAUGGUUUCAGCUACCAGUGAAGUCAUCACGCUACUACUCGACUACAUCAAGGUGAUGGUGAACAUGAGUCUGCUCACCACGGACACGAUGAGCAGAGUCAUUGAAUUCCUGAAGGCCUUCAACUCGCGGACCUGUCAGGUUGUAUUGGGUGCUGGUGCUAUGCGAUCCGCUGGUCUGAAGAACAUCACUGCGAAGCAUUUGGCCCUUGCGUCACAAUCCCUUUCAAUCAUCUUUCACUUGAUACCUUGUGUGCGCGAGACCUUCCGCAGGCAUCUCAAUCAACAACAGGCCGUCAUGCUGAUAGAAUUCGACAAGCUCAAGCGGGACUACCAAGAGCAUCAGAACGAAAUCCACGCGAAGCUAAUCGCUAUUAUGGGGGAGCGAUUGGAUUCCCACAUCAAGUCUUUGAGGACUGUCGACUGGAACGUCCCGAAGGAAGGCGGUGGCGUCAACGACUAUAUGCUGAAACUAGUCAAGGAGACAGUCACGCUGCACACAAUCCUAUCACGGUACAUCGAAGGGCAUGUUGUCGAGUAUGUCAUGUCGGAGGUGUUGGCAGCUAUCAACCAUCGACUCUCAGAAGAAUUCGGCCGGAUUGAUUUACCCAGUCAGCAGGCCAAGGAGCGGUUGCUUGAAGAUGCGCGAUAUUUGCACCAGCAUUUCUCUCCGCUGAAGCACGUCAAGGCGCCGACGCAGAUGCUAGAAACUGUUGUGACGGAAAAGGGCUUGCCGCGUCCGGCACCUACUCCAUCACGAAGCAAUACUUUUACCAAUCAGCGUCUACAAGGUCUAUUACUGGGUAGGAAUGUUGGCGGCAGCGAUAAGAACCUUCCCAAUCCUGGACGGACGCCUACCCCACCAGUCGCUCAGUUUGAUACCAAAUCUUCGACCUCUCCUCCACGAGCGCCGUCUUCGCCUUCCUUGGCUACCAGAAACCAUCUUUCAAACGGUUUGGGUACCAUGAGCACCCAGGGGUCCCUCAGUGGAAGUAGCCUUGCGCUGCCAUUGGAAGAAACUGUCAACACCAGACAGAGUGGAUUCAGGCAGGUUGACCCUGGUAGCCCUCUGCCGACAGAGCCGAGCCCACCAGGCCGGCAUGAUUCGAGUAACAUCGGUGCUUCUCCUCCCCUCCCUCCAAAACCAGGUGAUACCACAGUCCCGUAG